CGAGGGAGGGCGCAUCACGGGCUGCGGGUGAGGCUUUGAAAGUCAGCCUCACAGCCAUUGCAGCAGAGCCCUGAACCAGAGAGAAAGAAGACAGAUACACAGACGCAGAUAUACUCCAGAGAGGAGGAGGAGGACGGCUGCUCCGGAGAGCUUUGUGUGUGUGUGUGUGUGUGUGCGUGCGUGCGCGCAUGCAUGUUGCUGUUGUUGAAAGAGGCUGCGGCUUCCCGAGUUCCUUCGAAGCGGGAGGGACUGGCGCUUCGUCUCCGUCUCCCUCCUCCACCGCCGUCCUCGCAUGCCCAUUGAGCCGCAGCUCUCUGGAGCCCUCCGCACUAGAACUAAUUGCUGGAGUUCGCGCCCGCUACAGUCAGGGGUGGCUUUUGGAGCCGGCCGCGCGCGCGCGCUUGGAGCCUCCCUCCUGUGGCGGCCGGACCGACAGGCACGAGAGACGGACCCACGGACGAAACUGCCGCCGCGUGGGACCGGCGGUAGCAGCCGCAGAAACCCCCAGGGCUCCUUUUGGGAGGCAAAUGUGACCAAGCUGGAUGCCAGAUGUACAAAUGAAGAAAGGAGGGAAAUGCGUCAAGAUAGAUAAAGAGAUGGAAUCGAACUUGCAUGAUAUGAUAGGAAACAACUGGAGGAAAAGCCCUGCUGUCCUGUAAAUCUGCUGGAAGAACUGAAAUAUUUUUACUAGAACUGUGUUUUAAAUAAUCCCUCUGGAUCAUCUUCAUAAAUGCAUGUCUGUAUUUCAGGAGAGAUGGAUAAAAUUGGAACUUUGACUCUGCCACAAAUGCUUUCAGGAAGAAUCCUAUUAGGAAUAUUGCACUUGUUCUGCAUUAAAGUUGUAGAAGGCUAUAGACUUACUUACUAACUUGAUCCUUGGUUCAGCUAUAACUAUUCCUUAAAGUGAAUAAAAAAGGAGCCUUUGUGGAUACUUGUAUUGAACAUGACUCAUGGAGAAGAGCUUGUCUCUGAGAUGCACCAGGAUUCUGUUGUUCUAACUUACCUAGAGGGAUUACUAAUGCAUCAAGCAGCAGGAGGUUCGGGUUCUGUGGUUGACAAAAAGCCUGGUGCAGAGGAUCAAAACUUGAAAGUUUCUGGAAAUACAUCUCCCAGCUGUCAGAGAGAUGAUCCAGUUCCAAACACACAUACAUAUCGAGGUUCUGGUAUGCUGCAUCACAAAAAGGCAAGGCUAUUGCAGUCUUCUGAAGAUUGGAAUGCGGCAAAGAGAAGACGGUUGUCUGAUUCAAUUGUGGAUUUAAAUGGAAAAAAGGAAGCAUUGUUAGCUGGCAUGGUUGAAAAUGUGCCUAAAGGCAAACAGGAUAGCACAUUACUGGCCUCUUUGCUUCAGUCAUUCAGCUCUAGGCUGCAGAGUGUUGCUUUGUCACAACAGAUUAGGCAGAGCCUCAAGGAGCAAGGGUAUUCCCUCAGCCAUGAUUCUCUACAAGUUGAGAAAGACUUAAGGUGCUAUGGUGUUGCAUCUAGUCAUUUGAAGACUCUGUUGAAGAAGAACAAAGCAAAAGACGAAAAGCUGGAGACUAGUCUGCCUGAGUUAACAUCAAACUUGGUUAAAGACCGGUUUAUAGAGUCUUCACAUUCAGGAAACAGUGGUCCAAAGGUGAUAAAUGAGCCACUGUCUUGUGCUGCAAGACUACAAGCUGUUGCAAGCAUGGUAGAAAAAAGGUCUAGUCCUGCUACAUCACCUAAACCUAGUGUGGCUUGCAGUCAGUUAGCUUUACUACUUUCAAGUGAAGCACACUUGCAGCAGUACUCCAGGGAACAUGCUUUGAAAGCACAAAAUGCAAAUCAGAUUGCGAGUGAGAGACUUGCUGCUAUGGCAAGAUUAAAAGAAAGUACUCCAAAAGAUCUUGGCCAUUUCAAACUGUCAAAAGGAAUGGAAAGCCAUCUGAAUGGUCAGGCAAGGUCUUCAUCCAAAUCAAUAACCAACAAAAGCAAUAUGAUACCUUUUCAGAGUCCUAUGGGUAUAAUUCAUUCAUCUUCAAAAAGCUUAAGCUAUAAAGCCACCAUGGAAAAAAAUCAUUUGAAACCACCUACCAACAGUAGUUUACUUUUGCAUCUUCUUAAAAACCACAAUGCAACUAAGCAGAUUAAGGGGUAUGAGCAAAAUGAAAAACCAACUGUUUAUGAGGAGAGUAGUACACCAACUACCGUUGAUGAGUAUUCAGACAAUAAUCCUAGUUUUACAGAAGAUGACAGCAGUGAUGAUGAAAGUUCCCAUUCUAAUUGUCUUCCUAUAGAUUUAUCUUUCAAACAAAAAACAAACAAACCAGAUUCUGGGCAGCCAGGUUCACUGGACAAGUUAACACAAUCCUUGCUUCAUAACUGGGAUACAAAGGCUCCAUAUGUGGAGAAUGUAGAAGAGAAGGAUCCCUCUAAAAAUACUAAGCUGAAUCCACAUCAGAAAGUAACUUUGCUUCAGUUGUUACUUGGUCAUAAAAGUGAGGAUGAUGCGGAGAAAAAUACAGAAACUAAAGGAACAUUAGUUACAGCUGAUGUGGCAAGAUUUAAUUUACCGGCGGGUAACAGAACUCCUGUAACAGACUGCUCUAUUACAAAUCGAGUUACUCCAAUAAGCACUCCCCCUUUGCUAACUUCUACAAAAGCAGAUUCACCCAUCAACCUUUCACAUCAUUCUCCUUUACUAGUCAAACAUAAUUCACCACCAUACACUUGCAUUAUACAGCCAGAGAGAAUGAUUAAUCCAGCCUCUAAACACUUGAUAGACCUUACAGUACACAAAGAACUUCAAGGAACUAAGCAAAACAGAAGUGAAACUGUACAAACAUCUUCAUCUUUUAGUGCGAGCAAAUUAUUGCAGAACUUAGCUCAGUGUGGGAUGCAGUCUUCCAUGUCAGUGGAUGAGCAAAGGCAAGCAGGCAAACAAAUAAUGACUCUAAAUACAGAGAAGCCGCUAGGAUUGAUAGAUGGGUUAAAUAGCUCCAUGCUUACUAACAAACCAGGAACACUUGAAGAAAAUAAAAUACUCAGUAAUCAACCUCUACCAGCAGAACAAAGAUUUCCCAGUUCAGAAAUCCAGAAUCUGCUUGAAAGACGUACUGUCCUCCAGCUGCUUCUGGGAACUUCCAACAAAGGUAUGAUUGAAACAAAAGAGAGGAUGCUUUCAAAAGAAGAGAGUUUACAAGACCCAGCAGAAAAGACUUUGAAUGAACAAAUAUUGACUGUGAAAAUAAAAGCUGAGCCUUCUGAGGAAUCAAAUGCCCUUCAGAAUCAAAAUACACAGAAAAUAAGGGAAAAUGUUAGUAAAAAUUUUCAAGGAAUAACUCAUUCAUUAGAAAGAAACUUAGCUACUUCUCCAGCAUCAGAGGAAUUUAAACCUGACCCUCUCUCUCCUCAAGACUUUUCUUUUUCAAAGAACGGCUUACUAAGUCGAUUACUGAGACAGAAUCAAGAUGGCUACUCACCUGAUGAUCUGGACAGGAGCCACAGAAACAGUGAACGGACAUUUGUGGAAUCAAAUAGUAACAGCACAGUCCCUAAGAAAAGAAAACUGCAUUCUGAACCUUCAGAAAGUUCUUUAAAAAUACUAAAAGGUAACAAAUGUAACAUGUCUGAUGCUGCAAACAAUCAUAAGUCUUCUGCAGAUGCCUUAUAUGGGUCUGGGUUUAACCAGAAAGAAUUCAAUUUCAGCAGAACUGAUGCUGAAUUAAAAUAUUCUUCAGGUCUUGGUUCAAAUAAUGAAAGUGAAAAUAGGAGUUGGUCUAGAGAAAGCAAAGGAUUUAAUGUGUUGAAACAAUUGCUUCUUUCAGAAAACUGUGAAAAAGAUAUGUCUCAACAUAGGAGUAGUUCUGCAGUAGCUGAUGUUAAAAAGAAAGGAAGCAAAAAUAAUAUAACAAAUAACAAAGCUGAAUUCAGUGUCUCUUCAUUACAUACACUAAUGGAUAAUCCUGGGCAACCAGCCAAUUGUUUGGAUCACCGAACAUUUCAGUAUUCGGUUGCAAUGAAGAGUCCUGCCAGUUCUCCCUUCACUGAACGUUUGGGAGGUACAGUGACAUCAAAACCAGAAUGUGAUCAGUUUAGUGUAUGCCAUGUACCUAGUGAAAAGGGGCCUAUAAAGUGGGUCAUCGCAGAUAUGGACAAAAAUGAACAUGAGAGAGACUCCCCAAGACUGACCAAAACUAACCCAAUAUUGUAUUACAUGUUACAAAAGGGGGGGAAUGCUGUUCAGGAAACACAUGGCAAAGAUAUUUGGAAUGAACCAUCAUUUACAGAAAAUUCAUCAGCCCUACCAUUCAAGAAAGAAUUAACACCUGUCACAGAAUGUAAAAUACCUUUUCAUAAUGUAAGAAAUCCGUACAGUAACCAUCUAAAUAAUGUGUCCCUUCAGCACAAUGUGAAUGGAGAAGUAUAUGGACUCUUGGGGAAAGUGUUAACAAUUAAAAAAGAACCAGAGUAAAUUAUAAUUAUAUAAAGUGUUUACAGUCAGGUUUAAAUCUUUGCUUUAAAAAAAGUGUUGUAUAAAUCUAGCAUGAUUUGAGAAAAGCAUGGUGUAAGUGAAACAUGGUUUUGUUUGAUAAACUUUUUUGCUGGUAUUUAAAA